GGUAAAAAUAAGAUUCAGAGUCAUUCGUUUUUGAUAUUUGUCAAUUUUUUCGUAACAAGGGUUGAUUUGCCAUACGUUUUUGAUAUGUCGCAUUCGGCGUGAAAUCGAUCGCAAACGUCAAACAGAGUUUCGGAAUGUUUCAAAGAAAAGAGCACUGUGUUGCCACCUUCCCGUGACCCAUUUUGGACAAAAUCAACACCUGCCGGUUAGUGAAAUCCGUGACGAAGUGAGAAAAUAUAAACAUUUGCUAUGUAAAUUGUUCUCCCGCUAGCUGCGUCUGGCACUGGACUGUUAGAGAAGCGGGCAAACGUACGGGAAGCGCAUCGUGAAUUUCCCCGGACGAGUAGAAGCAACAGUCGCGCAAUUCGGGGUGUGCGUACACGAGCGAAGGUUCCAAUAGGUUGCUCGUCUUUGUCGUGAUCGACCGAAGACAAUUUUCCGAGGCGUGCAAGAUCUGCCGUUUGUUUCGUGUGAAAAGUCACGCACGCGUUCGAUAGGCGCUUUUGGAUUGCCGUUUCAGCCACCCAGAAGCAAUUGGCUGGGAAGCUAGUGUGAAAAGCAAAACGGCGUUCGAAGCGAGCGAAGACGGUGGCGGAAUUGGCAUUCGUGCGGUGCAUGAGCAAAAAGUCACGCCGAACCAUCGUCGCGGGAGGAUCUUCGGGAGGGACACGCAUACACACACAAACACCACGUCGCAUGAUAGAAUCCUCGCCCAAAUCUUGAUGCAAAGCGAACAAUCACUGCAACAACGAUGGACGAAACAUAUCUGAAAAAUCUCGAAACGGCGGCCCACAUUAUCAUGGCCCCGCCAAAUUCCAUCACAAAUCAGCAGCGCCAGGAAUCGGAGCAAAUUUUUACUACCUUCCGAAAGACGAAAACCCCGUACGCGCUGUGCCAGGCGAUCCUGGAAAAGUCGUCCGUCGAUUUGGUACUGUUCGAGGCGGCCGACGUGCUGAAGAAAACCGUGGUUGGGGAAUGGAAAUUUAUCGCCGAACAGGACCGGGCCUCGUUACGUCAGUACCUGCUGAACUACGUCAUCCAGCGCGAUGUUCCGGUUUUCAUACGGGACAAGCUGCUGCAGGUCGUGGCCAUUAUGAUCAAACGCGCCAGCCUCGAAGAUCAUGGGGCGGAGCGUGGCCAGAUAUUGGAAGAAACCCGGAAGAUGCUGACGUCGGGUGAGUUGAAGCAGCAAAUUCUAAGCUGCAGCAUUAUGCUCGCUAUUUUGGAAGAGUACUGCAACAUCGUCCGUUCGGAUGAUACCGGGCUCAACACGCUCGAGCACUUCAAAGCGAAGAAACAGUUUGAGGAUUCGGAUCUGCUGAAAACGUUCUGCAUGACGCUGCAAGCAAUGGUAGACAUCGUGAAUAGUUUCGACACAUCCAACACCAUGCAGAUGUAUCUGUUCAAGCAGUUGCUUACCGUGAUGGAAACGGUGCUGACUUGGGGAUUCUUGCUGCCCAACCUGAGGAACGUCCGGGUGCGACACUCGCUCUCCAAGAGCAUCAUCGACACGUCGGAAACGGUUACGAAGGCGCUGCAUGCCCCUCCGCUUCGACUGCAGGCCCAAUGGAAAAGUGUCAUCUUUGACCCGAAGGUACUGGAAGUGUUCUUUCACACGUACUGGAAGCUGCGCGAGAUAGAGGAUUUGCAACCGAAAGCGCUCACCUGCAUCUUACAGCUGUCCACCCUGCGGGGGCCGAUUAUCACGGAAAACAUCGACGAAAGUAUGACCUAUCUGGCGAACUAUUUGACACACUUUCUAUCAUUAAUGACCAACAUCGAAAUCAAAGACAAGGAAGCGUACAGUUUUUCGCUAAUCCUCCGCAAGCUGUUUCAAUUUUUGCCCACGGACAUGCUCAAGAUGCUGCCGAACUCACUGUUCGACGCAUCCAUGCAGCAGUGCUUCACGCUCACGAUGAAAUUCUUCGAACAAUCGGCCGCGGAAGAAUCGGUUGCCCCGGACGAGGCCCUGUACGUUGACGCGCUGAGUAACAUGCUCGGCAUAUGGUUGGCAUUUUUCGACGAUAAACGAAACUACCCGAUCGAACCGAUGCUGCCGUACAUAAUGCAAAUGUUCGAAAAGUACGUCCAGUGCCAUCUGGCUCCACCGCAGGGCAUUCGCGGUACGGGCCGGGACGGGGAUGGAGGCGAGAACGAAAUCACCGACAUCGAGGAAUCGGACCGGGAACGGUUCAAGGAACAGCUGACCGUGAUGGGAUUCUUUGGGCGGCAAAUUCUGCAACAUGCGCUCGGCUUGUUGGCAAAGCUGCUGGAAGACCGGACGCGCAAGUUGGGCACGCAUCUGCAUAUGCUGCACGCAUCCCAAUCGCUUUCCAUCUCCGACGGGGUAAAUUUGGAGAAUUUGUUCGAAGACUUGCACUGGUUGCUGCUGAUCAGUGGACACGUGAUAGCGAUGGAAUCGGUCGGCGAAACGCCGAUGAUACCGGAACCGAUACUGACAUUCUGCAAACAACAGGUUGACUCCGGCGCAACGGAUGUGACGAACAGUUUGAAGCUGUUGGCCUCCCCGAACCAGGACAUCCAGGAGCUACCGAACGCUGAAACGAACGUGGAUCCGGUCAUUCGUCUGAUGGCGGCCGGAUUUCGACUGUGUGAGCUGGAAAAGACUGCUAUCGAGGUGCGCAUGUACCAGUUCCUGAGUCCCGAGCUGAGCGCUACCACCAUGUGGUUUCUGCGACACUGGUGCGGUACGUACGUGAUGUCCAGCUACGAGCCGACCGCCACGCACAUCUUCGCGAACGCGUUCGGAGUCGGUACGGCCGGAGCACUUUGGGUGAUUAACUAUCUGCUGAACAAGAUCUGCCUGAACGCUCAACACCUGCGAGCGGAACCGGCCGUCAUGGAGGAAACGAUCGAGCUCUUGCUGGCGCUGCAACGGAACCGCUACCGAGCGCAAACCAUAUUCAACUCCGAAUACUUCCGUUCGAUAUGUGAUCUGAAGAGCUUCGAGCUUCCGCUGACGGUAAAGCGAAAGCUGCUCCGCGGGUUCGUUACGAUUGGCGGUAGUAUAGAGGGCGAAGAAGUGCGCAUGGAGUACAUCAUGCGCAUCGUGCAGGGGACGAAGGAGAAGUUUAACCUGCUGCAGAGCACCCUGCAGCAGAACGCGCACGUGCAUCAGAGCGAACAGUUUAAGCAAAAGGUGAUCGAAGUGCUGGAGGAAACGAUCGGUUGCGUGGAGGGAGCGUACGACAAUCUGAUCAUGAUGCUGUUUACCGAAAUCGAACCGAUCUGCAAGCAGCUAAGCACGUUCAUGUCCGUGUACAGGAACGACACGGUUAUUGUGGAGCUUGUACUGGAAUUGCUAAACGAACUGGAACGAUCGGCUGAGGUGAAGGAAGUGCGCGCGGCGCUACAUCAGUACAGCAUGGAUGUGGUCGGUGUGUACGUGAAGAACAACAGCAACCGUAUUUCGCUCGAUCCCACCAACAACGAACGGGAUCCGCAGGAUUUGAUCCUCAUUUUAAAACUCAUUCACGGCAUCAGCGCCAGCCGGGUGGGAAAUAAUGAGGAAACGCUCCAGCAAGCGUCGGACGUUUGUAUUUUCGGGCUGACAAACAUUGUGCCGAUGAUUACGUCGGAGUUGAUUCGCUACCCGGAGCUAUGCUAUCAGUACUACAUCACAAUCACAUCGUUUGUCGAUUCCAAACCUCAUGUGGUGCCAGCGUUACAUCCCGACUUCCUGAAGCAGCUGGUCGCGUCGGUCGAGCUUGGCCUAACUUCGUUCACGUCCGAGGUGGAGCUAAAGUGUGUCGAAUUCAUCGAAGCCUUUGCGCAGGUUGUCCGGCUGCACGAUAAUCGGGAAUCGCUCGUCUCACAGCUGCUACAGUCCCUCCUGAAGCUGAUGCUGGACAUGACGAUUGGGCAGAAGAUCGAUUGGAACAAUACGAGCGAUUGGUACAAGGCAAUGUUUACGGUGAUUUGCUGCUUUCCGCAAACGUUCAAGGACAUGAUACAGAGCUUCCUGCAGGAGCACGUGGACAGCAGCACCGACAAGGCGAAGGAAAUGAUUGGCGAGAGUCUGGUGCGGCUGAAUCAGAUCGAGUUCAUCAACCUGCGGCUGAUGAAGAUACGAUUCGUCGACUGGUACGAUCGGUUCGUGUCGCUGGUAAGUCUUAUGUAUAAGAAGUAAGGGUAAAGGACGGCAGCGCGAGGAGGGUGCCGGAGGGAAGUGUGUAACACCAAUCUUACCGAGCGAAAGGAUGGCAAAUGUUAAACACCCUGCUCUUUGUUCAUAUUUUAUAAAUACAUUUUUUUCUGUAUCGCUGUAAUGUUGGAAGAUUUGAAGAAGGCAAAGCUAGUGGAAGCUGUGUUUAACUGUAUCGUUCGUCGCUUGAUUUGACGAGUUGGUUUAUCUCACACUGUACACAGUUCCUUUCGUCUUUGUAUGUGAACUUUAGCAUGCUAGCAACUCUGGCCGGUUUAGGGAUAGUACGUGAGUAAAAGCGAUGAAAUUUUAUUAGAUAUGGAUGAAACGGUGCAACUAGUCCCGGACCCGCGGUGGAAUGCGAUGCGAUGAAAUGACAAACGAUUCGAUGGAAUCCCCGUACGAAAGUAUAUACAAAUUACUAGAUAGUGGAACAAUACUUAAACUAAAGGAUAGCUAGGGGCUUACUUCAAUUGUACCGGCACCGGACUUGGGAUGGGAAGGAUAUUAUUGUGCGAGAGCGCGUAUUAAACCGGCACAAUGAUGGAGAAGCAUGUGUUUGCUUUCACCAACACACCUUCUCUACACAAAACGGUGUGAUACGGCAAUUUUUACAAAAUGGAAAAGAAUCGCACUUGUGCACCUUUCUGUUUGAUUAGUUAGAUAUCAUUGUAGAAUGUAUUUCGAAAUCUGCACGUUUUUUCUGCAAUACGACGCACGCACACACACACACACACACAGACAAACAAACAGUAUCACCCUAUGUGAAGGGUUCGAGCGACGAGUCGAAAACUCGAAAACUAUAGUCCGUUCUUUACGGUGCGAGCAACAUAGAUUUAGCAAUUAGAAGAAGAAAAAACGCACCCCCCUUUGUCUGAAACACCUCGUCCUCGUUUUUGCUUCCCAUACCUACCUACCUAUACCUGUAUAUUUAUCGUGUUUGAAGCAAAAUGCAAUAUACUGUUAGAGAUUGCGUGGAGCGGGAGCGCACUUAUUAUUUGGAGCGCAGACCGUAAAAUUUGGAUGAAUAUUUGAUUUUACCUUUCGUCUGCAAUGUUGCUCUGUAUAGCUUAGUAAGGCAACAAGUAAUGUAUUCGUUUUGAUUUAAAGAGGUAGUACAUUCUAGGGGCCUGGUCAGGUGAUUUUACUUAGUAUAAAUGUAUGAUACAAGUCGCCAUUUUCCAGGCAAGAAAAAUAUAAAACUUUUGCACUUCAUUACACCACCGUGCAGUGUGGCAACGCGUCCGACAGCAUUUAGCUGAUGGCGGACAUCAUGGAGGCCCCAACGUUGAAGUUAGAACAAAAGACAUAUUUUUCCCCUAAUCUUCGAUAGCUUUCGUUGGAUAUAGUGGUACGAGGGAUUAUUUGUGAAAUUAAAACAUGCAAAAUUGACAAUGGUUUGAAAAAUAUGCCAUCAACUUUGUUAACACGGGCUCUUUAUUAUCCUUUCAGAAGUUUUGAGUGUCUUGCAAACUUCUGAUAAAGCUUAUGAGAAAGUAAAUAAUGCAAAGAUUAUUUUUAAGACAAAAACACCUUUUUUUGAGGCUAGCAGAGUGUACUACAUUCUUAAACGGAGUCCUGGAGAACCUGGAAACAUCCUGACAAAGCAACACAUGAUUCGGUGGUGGUUGUGGUUAUCGCAUGUGUUCAGUUACAGUCUUUACAUCUACUUACUAUCGGAUUCGAACGGUUCCCCGACAGCCGUGUGUAAUGAGCAUCGUUAGGAGGGUAGAGCAUAAGGCGAACGAUUUGGUUGGCGCGCGAUUAGUAGGCCAAUGAAUUAGUGAUGUGCAAACUGAGUCAGAAUGAGUGAAUGAAUUAUAUCUUAGCAAUGCAUGAGAAGAUUUAAAUCAUCACGAAGAGUUUUUUCAACUCACUUGUGAUUUAAUUAUCCGUGCCGACUAAUCACUAACUCACUUCGUUAUAUCUCACUCACCAUGCUUUAACUCACUCACUUCAUUUAAACUUACUCACUAUGUUUCACUCACUCCAUAAAUUAUAACACGAUGGCAAGAUAAUUUCAGUAAUCUUCAUUGUUUGAGAUAAAAAUACACCUGUUUACAGUUACAUUCGAAUCGCUCACCGUUUGCUUCGACUCCCGAGCUGCCUGCUUCGAUUUGCGUGCCAUUACCAUCGAAAGAGCGACACUAUGGUCGAAUCGCAUGCCGUUACUAUGGAAUCACGUGCCGGUAGCUAUGGUUUUGGAAAUGUUUGCACAUUUUAAAGUUGCUGUUUCUUUAGCUACAACUCUUGUUUAGCUACAAUUCAAGGAUAGUUUAAAAUAUUAAAGGUAAAGAAAGCAAUAUUUUAGCCUUUCUAUUUUAGCUCAAUAGCCUUUCGAACACGUUCAUUAAUGUAUAGUUUAAUGUAUAGAUCACCAAUGAACUCUGAAAAGCUAGCCUUGUUUAUCGCUACUGUUUGAUGUUGGUAUUUUACGACACAUUUUCUUGCCAUUUAUGGUUUAUUAGCCGUUUAUUCGUAUAAAAAUGCCGACGAAAUGUUUUCUAAUGGUAACAGUCUAACCGGACUAUUCAUUACACCAAAUGCUUCAUACAGGAGCAAUCAAAAAUCCAUGUAUUUCGGCACGUGAUUCCAUGGUAACGGCAAGUGAUUCGGUCGUUAUGUCGCGCAUUCGAUGGAAAGGGCAUGCGAAUCGAAGCAAGCAGCUCGUGAGUCGAAGUGACUGUAACUGUAAACAGGUGUAAUUUAAUGCGAUAUCAAACUCACGAGUAGUGUUCGGUCGUAGUAUCGGUAGUAACACGAGUAGUAUCGGUAGUAGCUCUUUUUAAAUAAGAGAGGACAACUCCUCACUAACAUGUGAGAGUUGAGGCGAUCCCGGUAGCUCUUUUUAAAGAAGAGAGGACAACUCCUCACUAACAUGUGAGAGUUGAGGCGAUCCCGGUAGCUCCACACUCACUGAGGGCGAAUAGGUCGAAGAGUGCGCUCAGAGCCCUCAUUUUACUGAGGCGAGCCCUCCCCCGGUAGCUCUCGAGCUCACUACCCAACACUACUCACGAGUGAGUUAAAACGUAGUGAGUGGGUUAAAAACGUAGUGAGUGAGUUAACACGUAAUGAGUUAGUGACUAGUCGGCACGGAGAGUCAAAUCAUUCUUCGAGAUUUAACUUUUAAAGAGUGAGUAAAAGAUUUAACUAACUAUUCUAACUCAUUCACUCUGAUUGAACACACGUUACGGAGUGAUUAUUCCCAUCACUACAAUGAAUCCGAGCUUUGUCUCCGUGUGUGUGUGAUAUUCGAUUAUGAUAGAGCCGAGGAUGAUCCACAGACUGUGCGGCGUGGCGGAAGAAGUAGCGUAACGAACUGGUGGCUAACUGCCGUUUCCUUUCCAGAUUGGUGGCCCUGAUGGGAGUUUAUAGCUAGUUUUGAUAUGAUAAUGAGUAGUAUUUUCGGAUGGUUUAGCUGAUGAGCGAUACUUGGAAAAUUAAAAAGGACGACACACGACACUGUUGCAAGCGUGAUGAUAUGGGGGUUUAUCGGUAUGGAUGAGGUAUCAGGGAACAAUUUUUGUUUUUUUUGUCUUAGGACAUGUGGAAGGUCGUUAUAAAUUCUUUUAAGCAAAGGGGCGGGACAUAAAGAGGGAAGAGUUAAGUGGUUUUUAGUGCACUGUUAGGAUUUCUUUUCAAAAGAUGUGUUAUUUUCCUGGAACCCGGUAUCCGUAAGUGGAUGCAAGAUGAAUGAGAUGUAAAUCCGGCAAGAUUGAACCGCCACUACAAAACCUACGCCUGUACUACGAUCGUCUUUCGUAUGCAGCAGAAUAAAAGCAAGCAAAGAAAAAACAAACAAAACAAUGCAAACGAAAACAUCAAAAUCUAAUCAACACUUUUAAAAUUGCAUUUGUCGAAUAAUCAAGCUAAUACUGAGUGUGUACUACACCGCUAGUAAAAACGCGCACUGCAAGAAUGGGUAAAGCAGUAGUGGGCAAAACAAAUUUCAAAAUGGAUUGAGUACAAAUUACAAUACACUCUGAACACGCUCAUCGAGGCGCAAAGGAUACUAUAACAACGCACCACGCUUAUGUGUAAGGUAAGGAACAGUCUGACUAUUAGGCCACGAUCCAUGAUCGCGAUCGCGUGAAAAACUCAAAGGAAGUGUUUCCGCCUGAUGUGAGAGUGACACAUGUGCUCAUGCAGCAGUUUCGUCCUCGAUUUUGGGAAAAUGUUAAGGUACGAUACGACCAGUUUCUUCGGCAGAGCCAGAGAGAUAGAGAGACCUUGCCGUGGGAAGCUGGGAAUUGUGAGAAUAAAGUUUACCGAUUGGGCUAUACAGAUCAAUAACAAA